AUGCAACAAUUUAAUUUUGAAAGAGCUCUGGUCGGCUCGGGUAAGCUCGUGGCUUGUCAAGUUGCGCUCCGUGGGAAUGGUAUAGAGUCUAUACUCUUGUCUUAUAAAAAUAGUACGACUAUGUUAGUACAAAGUAUGACUGGGCAAGAAAAGUCAGUAGAAGCAGCAUUGCGUGUUUGCUGGACGUUAAAUAAACACCAAAAACCAUUUACAGACUCAGAAAUUGUAAAAGAGUGUAUGUUGGAAGUAGCCACUGCACUUUUUGAAGAAAAAAAGGACAUAAUUAAUGCUAUUCAAAGUAUUCCUCUAUCAGCAAGAAGCAAUACAAGAAGAACAGAACUAUUGGCCGAUGACAACAAAAAUAAUUUAAUUCACAUUUUACAGAUGGCUCCUUGCUACGCUAUUGCAAUUGAUGAGUCAUGUGAUAUUGUUGAUUCUGAGCAAAUGUCAAUUUUUGUGCGCUUUUUAGACGUUGAAAGUAGAGUAUUUAGAGACGAGUUGCUAGCAUUAUUGCCAUUGAAAUGCAAGACUCGUGGAGAAGAUUUGUUUAAAACUUUUGACGACUUCAUGACUAAAUCAAAUAUUAGUUAUGAUAAAAUUGUGUCUAUUUCAACUGAUGGCGCACCGGCAAUGAUUGGUAAAGAAAAGGGAUUUGUUAAGAGAAUCAAGGAUAAGAAUGCUGAAAUACUUUCAUAUCAAUGUAUAAUUCAUCAAACAUCCCUGUGUGGCAAACUUAGUACAACACUGAAGGAACACAGGCAGUUUAAAGAUUUUUUAUUUGAAUGUGAUUCAGUGUAUUCGGAUUUACUUCAAUAUAACAAUGUCCGUUGGUUAAGUAAAGGCAAAGUGAUCGAACGUUUUUGGAGUAUAAAAGAAGAAGUUAUCACGUUCUUGGUAAACUUGGAUUCAGUAGAAUCAAAGCAGUAUCAUAAAUUUUUAACAAAUGAGAGCAAUAUGCUAUCUGUGGUGUUUUUAAAAGACAUUCUUGGAUAUUUAAAUGUACUUAAUACUGAGUUACAAGGGCAAAAAAAGUUAAUUUGUGAUCUGAUAUCAAGUGUAUCUGCUUUCCGACGAAAACUUGAAAUCUUUGAAGAAGAUAUAAAAAAUCAAGAUUUUAUUCAUUUUCCAACAAUCCUAGAAUAUAAAAAGACUCCCGACAUAGACUGCAGUAUGUUUUUAAGUUUUUUGUCGGACCUUGGUGAAGAAUUUCGUAAGAGAUUCAAAGACUUUGCAGAAAUUGGAAAACUGUCUCAAUUUUUAAAAAAUCCGUUUGAAGUUUCUCCGACUGGAGAAUGGAUUGACGUUGCUACAAAAUUAUUUAAACUUCCAAAAUCUUCACUUCAAGUUGAAAUUAUUAAUUUGCAAGAAGAUAUCUCAUUGCAAAUGUAUAAAACUUCGUCCACUGAAGAUUUUUGGAUAAAGCAUGUCUUGGAUAAAUACAUGAACUGUAAAACCCUUGCCAUAAAAUUAGCUACUAUGUUUGGCUCCACUUAUGUAUGUGAAACUUCGUUUUCAAAAAUGACGUUUUUAAAAAAACCGAUACCGUUCAAGAUUAACAGAUCACCACCUUGA